CUCGUCGUCUCCUUCUUCAUCGCAAUCUCCAAACAAAGAGCCCCCUCUUCUCUCUCUCUCACUAAGAAGAAGAUCCAAACCCUACUAAAUUUGCUGUGACGAUCGCAUACGUUGACUGCUGCUGAUCAUAUACUCGUCUUAGUUCGUAUCUCGCCGGUAAUGGAGACUUGGAAGUCAGCCCGAGACGAUUACCACUCUUUUUCUUCUUCCCAGAGAGAUGUCACUUACAGCUGUGGUUCUUGUGGAUACGAGUUAAACCUGAACUCCUCUAGUCGGAAUACAUCUACCAUUGGCUCCAAAUAUGGUAAAUCCAUGAAGAGUGGGAUCAUAUCAUUCUUCAACGUUGAUGAGAGUAGAUUUACUCAAGUAGAAGAAUUCCAAUGCAUACCGUACAUUUCCAAGAAAUCUUGGGGUUUGUUUCGCAGGAGAACAAAACUUCUAUGCAGGAAGUGUGGUAACCAUGUUGGAAUUGCUUAUGAUGAUCGUGAUUCAUCAUACCCAGUUGUAUCGGAUGGAUCAGAUUCAGCCUCCGGCAGUGAAAUCUCCAGCCGUAGAAAAAAAUAUGAUGUUCGGAUCCGUGCUUUACAACCUUCCUCAUCUGAAGAAGUUGGUGUUUCGCUUGCUGUGUAAUGUACAGGAACAAAGAUUCUUUUGUAUAUUAGUGUCCAGUAAAGAAUUUGGUAUUUCACUUGAUCAUUGAAUAGGAUCCUCCAAAUGGGAAGUGCGAUUGAGAUGCUAUUUAUACAAUGGAUGUUAGAAUUCUUUUUGUUUUUGUUUUUUGUUAGGCAAAUAUGGGAAUGAAAGAGAGGAUCUGCUAGGGGUGUGUUUGUGCACAGAUGUUGUCAAGUUGCUUUGUUUCGCUUUGUUCUCUCUUUCUCAGUUGGCUUGGGUGUGAGUUGUAAAUGAGCAGUUUGGAGACUUUCUUAAUAAAAGUUUGUGUGAAUUUUGAAGGGUUGGGAGAGUAA